AUGAAUGCUAUUGAUUACACGAACGGUGUUUCACUGAAUGGACAACAAAUCAAUGAUUUAUCGCAUUUAGUAACGAAUCUAUUGCUUAAUGAAUAUGAUGUGCAAAACGACGAUAUCGUUUGCUUCAUGUGUGCCAACCAUUACUUUCAAACAAUCGCUUUGCUAUCAGUUUUAGAGGCCGGAGGGAAAAUAUUCAUUGUCUCUGAAGAGGAAUAUGAAUCUGAAGACAAAAUAUUGCAUUUCAAACAUCUAUUAAAUUGUAAAAUAAGUGAUAAUAAGAGGAAACCUGUGGACAGAAAUGAAUCGGAUAUAGCGGUCAUUAAACUUACCGGCGGUACUAAUGAUGGGAGGCGUCGAUUAGUGGCCAAAACACAUUCAAAUCUCAUUCAUGCCAUUCAACAAAUGCAAGACAAAGAGAUUUUAUGCAACAAUAGUGAAGAUGUGAUCAUUUCGUUACCAUUUGACAAACUGUUUGCCAUUGAAUUUCUUAUGAGUUCAUUAGUCGGCGGCUCAAAGACAGUGAUAAUUAAUGGCACUUUUGACACAAACAUUGGUUCAUAUUUGGAUAGCAUUCAAAGUUAUAAAGUCUCAAAACUGAUCUGCUUUUCAUCGGAUGUGAAUCUAUUGAUCAAAAAUGAAGUCAAUCUCUUAUAUAACAUGUCGAGUAUUAAAGAGAUUUUAUAUAUAGGAGUCUUUGAUGACUACAAUAAUGUGAGACAAAGUGUGGAGAAUAUGUUUAAAUGCAGAUAUUUUAGAGGAGUUUAUGGGACCACAGAAUCGGGAGUAAUUGCCUGUUUACGCAAAACAAAAUCAUUUCAAUACAACUCGUAUUCUUCGGGACAACUGAUAAGUGGGACACAACUGAAAAUAGUUGAUAUGAAGAGCGGCGAUACACUACCCGCCCAUCGGAUUGGAGAAAUUUGUGUUAAAAGCAAACAAUUAGGACACGAAUAUCUAUCGGACACUAUUAAUGUCUCAAAAGCCAAUAAUAUGACAACUGAUGGUUAUUUUAAGACAUCUGACGCCGGAUAUUACGAUAGCGACGGCAAUGUGUAUAUCGAGUCCAAUGCGUCCGACAUUAUAUACAUCGAGGACCAGAUGUUUAAACCAAAUGAACUCCAAUUACUGCUUCUGUCACAUCCAGAUGUGAUCGACACUACAGUUAUCGGUAUUCAUUGCGAAGACAUUGACCCCGAUUACGAUACUGUGGCCGCAGAUGAAGACCAAGAAUGUCCAUUCAAUGAUCAAUUGAACAAUACUUUUAAGAUAUUUGUUGUGCUGAAAGUGGGUUCAGAGACAACAGAUCUGGACUUAAUUAACUACAUUAACGAUAGGGUUGAGCCAAUCAGACAAAUAGAUUCCGGUAUUUUUGUUGUCGACGUAUUGCCGCGAAAUAGUGUCGGCGGAAGGGUUGGCCGAAGAAUGUCUUUGGGAAGAAGAAAGUGCCGCCUUCGCUGCCCUGUUCUUCACCCCAUUUGUGCUGAAGAUGUUCCGGGAUUAGAGACGCUGCCGAUGACGGGCUGCUUGAUCUCAAAAUGUUCCGGGAUUAGAGACGCUGCCGAUGACGGGCUGCUUGAUCUCAAAGUGCUGGACCUGACCGGCGAAGCGGCCGGAGAGCGGUUGAUAGGAGUCGGGGGAGGAGUCGGAAAAAGGUCGAAGUUGUGGCCGGGGGUGAGUCCAACGGGCGAACCGCUCCGGAUUGGUGUCGACGACAGGGCUGCCGGUGAUGUGCCGCUUGAUCUCAAAGUGCUGGCCAUCACCGGUGAGGCGGCCGGCGAGCGAUUGAUAGGAGUCGGUGGAGGAGUCGGAAAAAGGUUGAAGUUGUGGCCGGGGGUGAGUCCAACGGGCGAACCGCUUCGAAUUGGUGUCGACGACAGGUUUCUACUGAUCUGGUCGUUAUGGACGGCACUCUUGACCGGACUGGCGAUGACGCUUGACUGGUGUCGACCAAACCAGGAGUGGCGGCGGACACUGAAAAUAGUGUCCUUCUUUGGGCGCUGCACUCCCGGGAGAGCUAUAGCCGGCGUCCAGAGACCCACUUCUGAUCAGACGGGCAGUCGAUGGUGUGAUGGGUGA